ACUGAGGCUCAGGACCAGCUCCAGAAAGGUGCCAUUACCUCGGUGGACCUCGUAAAUGCCUACCUUGACCAGAUUGCACGCCACAACCACGCUGGUCUCCAUCUCAAUGCCCUCAUCUCAGUCGCACCUCGCGAAAAGCUGAUCGAUGUUGCAGCCAAAUUGGACGCUGAACGCCAGGCUGGGCGAUCUAGGGGUCCCUUGCAUGGAAUACCUAUCGUCUUGAAAGAUUGCAUCUUGACAUCUACCCAAGCCCUCGGCUUACCGACGACACUGGGCUGCCCCUGUUUCGCAUCGGCAACAUCUCUGCAUAGCUCUCCGCUUGUGGAUCGAUUGUUAGACGCAGGUCUCCUGAUUAUAGGCAAAGCAAAUAUGACCGAGCUCUGCGGACUCAAGAUGCGGCCUAACACGGCUGGGUGGUCGGCUCAAGGCGGUCAAACCCAGAAUCCGUACAUAUUCGGAGGCUUGGANAAAGAUGAAAAGUUCAUUGGCAAUUCAUCUGCCGGAGGAUCUUCUUCAGGAAGCGCAGCAAGUGUCGCUGCGGGGUUUGCACCCCUAGCUCUAGGGACCCAAACGGGUGGAUCGGUAAUACUCCCAGCAAACAGAGUUGGGCUUUAUGCAUUGGUCUGUGGUCAUGGGACGGUACCGACGCAGGGGAACUACUGUCUUUCCCGAGAAAUCGAUUGCAUCGGCGCAAUGGCAAAGAGUGCCACCGACGUGAAUCUACUAGCCUCGGUCAUCAUGGGUAAAGACAUAUUUCCUGAAUCUGAAGAAGAUUGCAGCUUCAGAGACAUGAGAGUCGGACUUCUGAAUCCAAAGAUCUGGCAUCUUCCAGGGAACGAUUACUGCGACUUUCCAGGCGAUACGAGGUCACAGAUCGAAACAGCGUUCAUCGAAGCUUCGNNUCAAAGAUUAGGAGCGAACAUUAGGAACGAUCUCGAGUUGAGCCUUCCAGGAAAGAAUUCCGAAAUCCAAGGCAAAAGCCUAGGAUACGAACACUGCAUGCAAAGAUUAAAGGGUGGCGACUUUACUGCGUUUGCGGCGCAGUAUCAGGAUAGCGAGGUACGCACCUUGGAGCAGAUGGUUGCGCGGAAUGCAAAGCAUCCAGACAUAAGUACGCCUCCAGAUGAACUGAUUCAUCUCCUAAGCAAUACUUCCACCCCUAAAGAAGGUCAACUCUGGAGGCGCGAGCUAACGAAGCAAGGCAAAGCAGGACUCGAUCCUCUUCUGCAUGAAGUGGAUGUCCUAGUGGCUCUCGCUGAUAGCAGUCUGUGUAGUUAUUCCUCAGCAGCA